UUUGGCUUCAGUAAUAAUUGUUACUUUGUAGCUUGUAGUUAUAGAUAGGCUUAGGCUUUGAUGUAUUUUGUGUAGUUUUCUUGAACUAUAGUUAGUCAAAAUGCGUAAAAAGGUCAACAAGGGCCAACAUUCCAGUAUGGCUAAGGAAUUAGAAGGAACUCAUGUAGAGGAUCCUAUCGAUAAAAUACAGGACUGCUUAGCUAAAUCCUUUGAUAAUUUGAAUUUUAAUUUAAGUUUAGCUUUGGAUUGGGCAGAAAUAAAAGGGUUUUGCUCUUAUCCCAAUUUCAAGGAUCAAUUUAUAAAAAGAUGUUGGUCAUCUGACAAGGAGAGUGAGAUGUUUAGUCAUAUUAGGUACGGAGUAUACGAGGGGGGAUCACGAGCUGAUUAUUUCUUGAAAAUAAUCCGAGAAUCGCAAUAUUCGUCGAAACCUCUGAUAAAUUUGGGAUAUCAAUCGGUCGAGGAUAUAGAGGAUUAUUUAAGGCGUAUAGAUAAGCUAGACAUGGAAAUGGCCGAACCUAGAAAUAGAAGUAGAAAUCUUGUAAGAGAAAAUCGGGGAGAGAAUCCUGCUCGGGGUCAAUGGAAUCGCGACGGGGGUAGACAUGAAAAUUCCAGUUGGCGAAACAGGAAUGAGGAAAGGAGUAGAAACGUUAGAAACACGGAAAAUGAGGAUCGUCCUGAAGUUUCGACAAUUUUUAAUAGGGAUAUAGACGAAAUCUUAACGGAAAUCGAGCCAGUGGUGAAACAGGAAAAUCCCACCGAAAGAGUUAACCGUGAGAUAGGGAGAUUGAUUCGUACUUUAUGUCAUCAGAAACAUACUAAAUGGGCUUACAUUUUGGGGGAUAUCCAGGCUUGGUUAAAUCGCGUCAUUCAUGGUGGAACAAAGUUUUCGUCUACUUACCUGCAUUUUGUUGUUGAACCUAAAGACGCUAUAUGUACCAAGAUCUCGUUUGCUCCUUCAAAUUGGGCGGAACCCUCUCGAGAGUUGAUAGUAGAAUUAGCCCAUAAGAAUCUGUUAUCAAAAGCAGAGAACCGUCAGCAGCGUCAUGAUGAUCGGCAUAAGCUGCAUGAAUUUAAUAUAAGGGAUAAAGUUCUCAGUCCCAAAGUCCAAAAGUUCGUGUGCGAGGCUAACGCUAGUAUAAAAGUUGUCUGUGCAUAG